AAAGCAUUGUGAAACCAUUUUCAGUGUUCUGGAGAUCUUCAAAUAUGAAUUCAACGUCUGAUUUGUAUGAAGUAUUGAAGAUUGGAUUUUGCAUUUUAAACAAUGGUGAUCCGUUAUCCAUCAUGAUACUUGGCAGUAAUUCCACCCAAGAAACUCACUAUGGCAUUCUGUCUGUGAAGGAAGAUGCAAGCUAUGACGAAAUUCGAGUGAGCUAUCGGUCUGCCAUCCUAAACUCUCAUCCUGAUAAACAACUUUCUGAGAAUGAAUCAGGAGACAGUUUUCUGAAGGUACAAAAGGCUUGGGAAAUCCUUAGCAAUCCCAAAUCUCGUGCUGUCUAUGAUAGUGAGUUGCGAGCUUCAAGACAGGAUUCAAUAGCUGCAGAAGACGUUUCCUUAGAGGAAAUGAUGGCUGAAGAUGGUGGAGAAGUCUUGGAACUAUUUUACUCAUGUCGAUGUGGUGAUUACUUCUCUGUUGAUUCAUCAGAGUUGUAUAAAAUUGGGUAUAAGUUGUUGAGGGAUGGGACUAGGAUUAUCUUUACAAACUCCUGAUGCUUUGCCAGCAUCAGUUAUUCUCCCCUGUGGUUCUUGUUCUCAGCAUGUUCGGCUAUUGAUAAAUCCAGAUAUUAAGGUUCCAAUGGAUGAUCAUAUUUGAUUGGUGUUUUCUAUACUGAUCGUCUGAUUGUCAUGAGAAAAGUUUAGAUCAUCCUUUAUCAUGUAACUGAAUGCAUAGAGAUUAAUAUUCUUUCUGAGAUUUCCUUGAUGAUUUUGAGCAUUGGUUUAUCAAUUUGCUUGAAUGGGUUCUGAAUCAAAUUUUACAGUUCUU